UUGCCUCUUGCGGUUUCUUUGUAUGGGUGUUUUAAUGUCUACCUUUUAGAAUGGCUUCAAGUGGUGAAAGGCUAACAGGAGAAAGAGUAGAAAAAAGUCAACACGUUCCUUUUAAUCAAGCAGUGAUAAGCCAUUAAAUUACAGAGAUGCUAUAACUUUAAGAAAUGAGCGACUUAACGGGCGCUCUUUUCCGCAAUCCACUUCCCCAUGAUUCCUUGCGCUGGUGGCCUCUGUCUAUGGGCGUCAGCGAAGCGUGGGGCAUCUUCGUCCGACAGCAUCUCUGUACACGUACACACGUGGGCACAGUUAAUGCACGUUUUCCUCGUCUAAGGUAUUUGAAGAUGAGUGAGGACGUGGAGCGGCUGUUGAUUCAGUUCCAGGACGAGAAUGGAGAGAUUCUGGGCUCUCCAUUCGAUGUGCCUCUUGACAUCACUCCUGACAAACUACAGCUGGUCUGCAAUGCACUGCUUCAGAAGGAGGACCCGGUGCCUUUGGCGUUUUUUGCUCGGGGCGAGGCGGAGAUUGUGUCCAGUCUGGGCUCCUGUGUGAAGGAGCUAGGGGUGGAAACAGAGCAGGUUCUGCCGGUGGUGUACCAGCCCCAAGCUGUGUUCCGGGUCCGAGCCGUGUCCCGCUGCACCAGCACCUUACAGGGACACACCGAGGCGGUCAUCUCCACUUCUUUCAGUCCCACUGGCAAAUAUUUGGCCAGCGGUUCAGGUGACACUACGGUGCGUUUUUGGGACUUGACAACAGAGACGCCGCAUCACACCGCCAAAGGGCACACACAUUGGGUGCUGAGCAUCGCCUGGUCGCCUGAUGGCAAGAAGCUGGCAUCGGGGUGUAAGAACAGUCAGAUAUGUCUAUGGGAUCCAGUGACUGGCACACAAGUCGGGAAGACCUUGACUGGACACACCAAGUGGAUCACUUGGCUUUGCUGGGAGCCUCUCCACCUCAACGCAGAGUGUCGCCACUUGGCCAGCAGCUCCAAGGACGGCUCGGUGCGUAUCUGGGACACGGUGUUGGGACGCUGUGACAAGAUCCUGACGGGACACACUCAGUCGGUCACAUGCGUCAAGUGGGGCGGGGACGGGCUUCUCUACACGUCGUCACAGGACAGGACGGUCAAAGUGUGGCGAGCCAAAGAUGGCGUCCAGUGCAGGACGCUGCAAGGCCACGCCCACUGGGUCAACACGCUGGCUCUCAGCACCGACUACGUGCUGCGGACUGGAGCGUUUGAACCGGCAACUGCCACCAUCAAUCCCCAGGACCUGACUGGAUCAUUGGAGGAACUGAAAGACAAAGCCUUGCAGAGAUACAAUAAAGUCCGGGGUUCCGCCCCCGAGCGCUUGGUGUCCGGCUCAGAUGACUUCACCUUGUUCCUGUGGAAUCCAGCAGAGGAGAAGAAGCCCUUGGCCAGGAUGACGGGCCACAGCGCCCUGGUCAAUGAAGUGCUCUUCUCCCCGGACACACGGCUCCUGGCAUCUGCUUCCUUCGAUAAGUCCAUCAAAAUCUGGGACAGCCGCACGGGAAAGUACUUGAUGUCCCUCCGCGGCCACGUAGGCUCGGUGUAUCAGGUGGCGUGGUCGGCCGACAGCCGCUUGCUGGUGAGCGGCAGCAGCGACAGCACCCUUAAAGUCUGGGACAUCAAGACUGGGAAGUUGAGCAUGGACCUUCCUGGCCAUGCAGAUGAGGUGUUUGCUGUGGACUGGAGUCCCGACGGUCAACGAGUGGCCAGCGGCGGUAAAGACAAAUGUCUCAGGAUCUGGAGAAGAUAGCCACAUCCUCUCCUCAUGUUCUUAACUUCUGGAUGUUCACGUCCCCCACCACCGUCGCACGCCAAGAAACCUGACAUCUGGAGUAGAGGUGGUUAAUACAGUCUGUCACCUUUUUCUGUGUACGUCAAAGGGUUAAUUAGGGUUAACACAUGGAAAUAUUUGCAAGUUACUCAGUCAAUGUAUUUGACUGUUGGAAAGCCCGUCAUGGUGACAGUCAGAAUGUGAGGAAUUAGCUAGCAUGUGUGUUUCUCAACAAUGUGAAGGUGACAGGUGAGAUGCUAAUUCCCGCCCCCACUCGCUUCACACUUUCCCUUGCAGUGCCAAUGAGACUUUAAUCUCCUCCUUCCUGCACUCAGGAAAGCAGGAAAGCCUGAACCUGCUGAUUUUGUCCUUUUUUUUUUUUUUUUUUUUUUUUUUGGACAGCCAAGAAGCCAAUUGACACCCGCUGUGACUAUCUUUCAUAAAUAAACAUUUCCGCCACA